UUUUUGGAGCAGCGUUAACCCUAUUCAUUUGGAAACAUGUGGUACUUUCGAUAUUCGAACAUUCAAAUUAAAUCAAAACAAAGUUUAGUUUGCAUAAAGUUUGUAAGUAUUUUAUUUAAAGUUGAAUAAUUUGGUUGAACCUACAUAUUAUACAAUAGAAAAUGUCCGUUGAACCAGAUAUCGCCAAAGAAGCGGUACUUAAACGAAGUGAAAAUAUACCGGAAAACACUCCCAUUGUGCAGGGAUAUGAUUGGAAUCAAGGAAUUGAUUACUCAAAAUUAUUUGAGUCAUAUGUUAAUACAGGGUUUCAAGCUACUAAUCUUGGAUUGGCAAUAAGAGAAAUCAAUCAAAUGCUUGAUUGUAGGCAGCAGCCGUUAAAACUUGAAGAAGCCGAUUUGCAUGAAACGGAUGAAUUCAUUAGACGAAAACAUAGCUGUACAAUAUUCCUUGGAUUCACAUCUAAUCUAGUGUCGUCGGGACUAAGGGAAACACUAAGAUUCCUCGUUGAACACAAAAUGGUGGACUGUGUAGUAACGACAGCGGGUGGCGUUGAAGAAGACUUUAUUAAAUGUCUAGCUCCCACGUACAUGGGAUCAUUCGAAUUAUCUGGCAGAGAUUUAAGGGAUCGUGGUAUAAAUCGUAUAGGUAACUUGCUUGUACCGAACGAUAACUAUUGCAAGUUCGAGGAUUGGCUCAUGCCUCUACUUGAUGAAAUGGUUGAAGAGCAAAAAACGAAAGGCAUGAUUUGGUCUCCUUCUCGUAUUAUACAACGACUUGGGGAAAGGAUAAACGACACCAGCUCAAUAUACUACUGGGCUGCAAAACAUAAAAUACCUGUGUUUUGCCCUGCGCUUACAGAUGGUAGCUUAGGUGACAUGAUGUAUUUCCACUCUUUCCGUCACCCCGGAUUAGUGGUGGAUAUUUUGUCUGAUUUGCGACGUCUAAACACUAUGGCUGUGAAAGCCACCAAAUCGGGAAUGAUUAUAAUUGGUGGUGGUAUUAUAAAGCAUCACAUAUGCAAUGCGAAUUUGAUGCGAAAUGGAGCCGAUUAUUCCGUUUUUAUUAACACAGCUUCGGAAUUCGAUGGCAGUGACAGUGGUGCUCGACCAGAUGAGGCUAUUUCUUGGGGUAAAAUAAAGAAAGAAGCUUCACCAGUUAAGGUGUAUGCAGAAGCUAGUUUAGUAGUGCCAUUGCUUGUUGGUGAGACUUUUGUUAAAAGACAUUUUAAUGCAAAAAAGAAGAAUGAACCAUGAUAAUAAAUAAUUGUAAACAAUGCAAA